AUGCAUCAACUGGCUCGAGUGGCAACGAGCCACGUCGCGGUCGAUCAAAGCAAUACCAGUAGGGCUACGAGGAGAGAGGUGAUUGCCAGCAUGGACUCGCUCUCGGUAGAGAUCCAGCUGCUCAUACUGAGCUUCCUCCCGGCAAGGGCGCUCUGCCGGGUCUGCCAAGUCAAUCACGUAUGGCGAGAGCUCGCGCAAGAUCAACAGCUUUGGCGAUCGCUCUAUCUGCGGCACUACAGAGAAGGCGAUGCGCUGGAUGAGCUACCGUUCGGCAGCGCAUCGCCUCAGCCUUCGUGGAAAGAAGUAUUCAAGAUCUCGAGGAACUGGGCCAAUGGCUCUGCGAGUAGCUCGGCUUUGCUCUCGCUCCGAUCCGCUGUCCUUGAUGCUAGACUACCCAUCGAUCUCAUGCUCGAAGGAGAGCCAAGCAGACCUUCCGCGCGGGCUACGACACAGCCGGAAUACGAGAAACCUGAUACGAUCGUUCAGCUCUUUGGCCGACUCGUCUUUACAGCCUCGAGACUGGACUCUGUCGUCAAUGUGUGGAGGACAGAUCCAGUCUCUUCCUUGCCUGAGCGGUUGGGCGCAAUCGUAUCGCCCGGCUUGACAGGACUGUCAGAGCAUGCCACCGUCACAGAAAUGCGCAUCGAUAGCGCGCCUCGCAAGAACCCGCGUUCGCUCAGACUAGCUGUCUUCUUCGCCAGAGGUCACUUCUCGAUCUUUACCAUCCAGGCAGACACAACACUCAGCUAUACAGAGUCACUCUUCCAAUCUGCACCUGCCCAUGCCGACUCGAUCGCGCUCUCGCGAUUUCAUUUCCCUUUACUCGUCACUUGCAGCACGCAGUUGUUUCUCAUCAAUUUUUGGAGGCUAGCAGAAGACAAAGAAGGAUUAGCUGCAACGCUCUCUCGUCCUUCUUUGCGUUCGUCUUCAUCCUGGUCGCCUGCCGUGCUGUCUUUGCAGCACCUCUCGCCCGAUCGCGAAGCACGGCCAGUGGACCAUAGCUGGCCACCAAAGAAGCGGUCUCCCUCUUACGAGCCAUUGCCUGUCGGUCAAGAUCGAUUCAAGGUCGUCUUGGCCUUCACAACCCCAUACUUUGCCGAGUGGACUUUGUCGGUGCAAGAAUUCGUCUUAUCAAUGACGACAAGCUCGGACAAAGUCUCGAUCGUCAGCAGGCAUACCACCGCUCUGCCGACUUCGUUUUCUCAGAUCAGGCACACUUCUCGCAGCAGGACACGCGCGCGUGCUGCGCCGCUGAUCAGUCACAUCGAAUUGGCCUUGCCGUGGAUUGUAGCCUCCCGCAACGACAAUACGAUCGAUGUUUAUUCUCUAGCAGACAUCGAUGAGCAACUGGUGUUACUCCCUCGUACACAGCUUUUCGGUCAUGCGAAUGCAGUCACUGGCGUCGCCGUUUCUGCCGACGGCAAAUGCGUCUCUGGCAGUUUUGACGGCAGCUACCGGCUCUGGGAUCUGACGACUACCGCAAGUCGGCCCAUCAGAAUAGUCGCUGCCUCAGAAGACCGAACGGAAGACGACGUUGAGACGAUAGACUCUUCAUCCUUCCAGCUCGCGUCGGCGGGCGAUCUGCUCAAAGACAGCCAAUCUGGCGCACCACCGCAAAACAGGAUCCGCAGUCUUGCCUUCGAUAAAGAGAAGAUCGUUGGCAUUCGCUCACUGGCAACUCAGAGCGAGGAUCUGCAGGUGCUGAGCUUUCUGUAG